AUGGUAAUGUUUAUUUAUAGACGAUUAGAAGUAUAAAUUUGAAUAUAAAAAAUUUUGAUUCUGUCUUCUUCGCGAUGACACUCGUUAAAGGUCAGGAUAAACCCGAUCGCUUCCUGUGCAUUCCAGAUUAAUAUACUGUAGGUUUUGUUUAGGACCGAUAAGUGACACGUCUUGAGUUUCCCACCUGUGGCUACAAAGAAUAUGUUUAUACACCAGAAUUUCAAACCUUAUUGAACUCUUUUAAUUUAUGAAAGGAAUUUUUAAAUAGUGUGUUUUAAAAUGUUUAAUGAGUUUAUAUCAUUUCGUACGAUUUUUCACAUUCAUCUUAUGUUUAUUAAUGUGAAGUAAAUAUGUUUAGCCGUUUCACAAAUGCAUUGUAUAAUGCUGUGGAUGCUUUGGCACCACCUCUUCCUCUUCAGGAAGAUUUUGUUUGGCACUGGAAAUCGGUCACUAAGUUUUACACGGGAAAAAAUGCUUCAAAUAAAGUACCAAUUGAAUUGACAUCUAUUCCUGGGCAUUUAAUGGAAAUGUUAUCCAUCUUAGAGCAAGAAGAAAAAGAAGUUGAAAUGGGAAACAUUGGUCCCUGUAUGGAAUAUAUUAUGCAGCACAAACUGCUGGAUACAAUGUGUGUGUUAGGGUCUUCUGAUGUGCCACCGGGAAUGAAGAGGUACAUGUUCAUAUUUGUUACAAAAAUGUUAAAGAUUAUGCAGCAAUCUUUGACACCUCACGUUAGUGUAUAUAUACCUAUCCAGAAUUUUAUAAAACUGUGUGGCGAGGUCUUUGCUGGGCCUACUGAAAGUGAAGAGAUGAAUUUUUUGCAAUGCAUCUGUGAUAAAAUAAAAGAAAAUCCUCAUCUGGUCAAUUGUUUCCUUGCUGAUGGUGAGCCUGGAUCUCGAAGAAAUUCUAAAAUAGAAUCUACUGUUGAUAGUGAUUCUAAGAUGGAAGCAGCUGCUGUGGCUAAGGAAUAUGCUUUAAUUUCCUCUCUUCUCAAGUUGUAUGAAAGCCCAGAUAAUGACAUAUCUGUAAAAGCUAGGGAGUGCCUUAAAACACUAUGCAGUUGUGCAAAUGACAGUGCAGCAAUGACUGUGGCAAAUUUUAGUUGCCUGAGUACAGUCCUUACCUGGCAUAUUAUUUCUUUGUAUCAAAAUAUCCCCAAAACUCUAAAAAUUCAUGAUCUUGAAACUCCUAAUCUUGAAGAAGGGCAAAACAGUACUAAAAUUUUGCCAGAAAAAAGAAAAUACUUAUGUUAUUUGCAGGAACUUUCUUUUAUUGAUUCUGUAAUAGAAACAGCACAUCCUGUUAUAAGUGAUAAUUUAGCUGUUUGUUUUAGAACAGAUUUCCUUCAAGUUUAUAUAUAUCCCUGUUUAAUGGAAAGUGAUAAUGAUGAUGAUUUGCUGUUCAUAACUACGUUGAUAACAUGUUCGAUGCGAAAUAUAAUUUCUUCUAAACUGAUCAAUACUUUUGGAAUAUUUCUGCUAGGUGAAAAUAGUGACAGUUAUGAAUAUUCUGAACAGUCAAGUCCUAGUCUCAAAGAAAUUUUAAUAGAUAGAUGUCGUGAUAGUGAAAGAAAUGUAGCAUUAGCCUUGUGUAAUUUACAACUCUUUGAAGAAAUGUUGCUUAGGCCAACUCAGCAUAUUUUAAAUAAUCUAGUGUUACAAUAUUUGGAAGGCCGUAAGUAUUAUGACCAUGCUGCUGUUGAUUGUUGGCUGCAAUUUUCCGAUGAAGAUACUUGUAGCAGGUAUAGCGAUGAUUAUUCUCCUGGUUCUUCUCCAUCUGGAAAGUCACAUCUACCAACUUAUAUACAUCGAGUUAUUGAGUCUUUCUUAGCAUUAUUGCCUGAUGAUAUCAAAUCAUGUGAAUCUGAAGAAGAUUCAGGAUAUCAAGCUUAUGUCAAGGAAGCUCAUGGAAGGUUUCUGAAAUGUCUUGUAUUGUGUGCAGAUUUUCAGUGGCCAGAUGAUUUUCCUGAAAAAGAAGAUCUCCAUUUGGGUGCAGAAGAUGAUUCGAGCUCUGAAUCGCAACCUGAGGAUGAUUCGGCAAGGUGGUCUUUUUAUGAAGGUCCUUUUUUGGGCAUGAUUUUUGAUAAACUAUUACUGAUGUUAGAACAGCCUUAUGAAAUUAAUCUCCAGUUAACAUCAAUAGUCUCAAGAUUAGCUUUGUUUGCACAUCCUUUAUUACAUGAAUACCUUUUAAACCCUCUUAUAUCUUAUGCUUCUGAUGCAAGGUCACUUUUUCUAGUUUUGCUUCAAGUAUCUGAAGACAUCCAGAAAGAAGUACCAAACAUCCGAGGCUUCAAAACAAAAAUUAAACUUACCCGAACUGCUUUGCUCAGUGAUGAUAAUGAGAAUGCAACUUUUGAAGAAUCUAAUGUUCUGGAAGCAUUGAUCAUUCUGGAGGAGUUUUGCAAAGAAUUAGCAGCGAUUGCAUUUGUGAAAUAUCAUGCUGUAAGCUGAUGAUUUCAGUUGGAAACUAUAGGUUUAACAUAUAAAAUUGAUUUAGGAGUUUUCUAUCAAAUUUACUGGUAAAUUAUUUAUGCACAAUAAACAACAUGUUAAAAUUA